GACUCCAUUGAAUCUAACAUCAUCACAAAUUUAGCAAUGGUUCGUGAAAUAGUUGCUUUACUAAAAAUAUUUACAGCGUCACCAGCUGCUCACGAUAUUUUAUCAGUAUUCACAAUAUUUUUAAAAAAAACUUUAUUCAAGUAA